AUGGAUGCAAAUGGAAGAUCAAGUGGAUUAUUAUCGAUUUGGAGCCCAGGGAUAUUUAGAAAAGAAUUCGAUAUUAAAACCCAAAACUUCAUUCUAGUCAAAGGAAGGAUUACAGGGGUAGAAGAGGAUAUGGUUGUAGUGAAUAUUUACGCAUCGACAAAUUCAAGCAUCAGGAGACAGAUGUGGAAUGAGCUUUUAGCGCUAAAAGAAUCGAUCCAAGGCAAAUGGAUACUUCUAGGCGACUUCAAUGAGGUACGCUUUCCAGAGGAAAGAUUUAAUUCACAGUUUGAUGCUUGGAAUGCAUUAUGUUUCAAUAAUUUUAUUAUGAAUGCGGGAUUGCAAGAAUACAAUAUGGGGGGAAGAAAAUAUACUUUUAUGACAGGGGAUGGGAGAAACUUAAGUAAGAUAGACAGAGUACUAGUAUGUGGAGAGUUCAUUAUGAAAUGGCCAGAAGCAACUUUGCUAGCACUUAACAGGGAUGUAUCGGACCAUUGUCCUUUGAUACUUACAACAACGGCUAAUAACUUUGGACCAACACCAUUCUGGGUAUUCCAUAGUUGGAUGGAAAUGUAUGGGUUCGAUGAAGCGGUUAGAAGGGGUUUGGAAAAAGAAUGUGAUUCAGGUUUCAAGGAUGAAUGUGUAGCAACUAAGCUUAAAGCAAUAAAAGACGAAGUAAAAUUAUGGAGAUCUAAUGAAAAGAUAAAGGAAGAGGAACAAUUGGUUACGGCAAACGAGAAUCUACAAAAGUUAGAAAAAGAAGCGGAAAGGAGAGUCUUAACGGAGCAGGAAAUUGAAAUGUGGCAAGGAUAUAAAAAAACGAUUAGGGAAUGGCAUAAAGUAAAAACAAAAGACUUGGUUCAGAAGUCACGAAUAAAAUGGAUAGCAUUGGGGGAUCAAAAUUCAACAUUUUUUCAUACGGUAGUGAAUAGUCACAAAAUCAGAAAUAGGGUGAACGGGUUGUGGAUUGAUGGCAGCUGGAUUACAGAUGCUAAGGAGAUCAAAAAAUAA